GCUGACCGUCUUUCCUCCUCAGUGUAUUUUAACGUCUGUAUCAAAGCAACAUGAAGGGGACUCUGUUGUUUCUUCUCUUUUGCAAUGUUGUCUCUCCAGUGAGACACUCCCUGAAGUUAUCGGUCAUAUUGUCCUCUGGAGUCAAAAACAUCCCAGAUUUUGUGGCUGUAAUGCUGGUUGAUGAAGUUCCAGCAGGUCGCUGUGACAGCAUCGGGAAGAAAGUAGAAGCCACACAGGACUGGGUGAAAAAACUGAUAGAAAAUGAUCCAGAACACUUGGAGUUGUACACUCGGGAGUGUUUGUUAAUCCCACUCAAAUUCAAAGCUGAAAUUGACAUUUGGAAGAAUCAACUGAACCAAACUGGAGAUGUCUACAUCUUCCAGGGCAUGACUGGCUGUGAAUGGGACAAUGAGACUGGAGAGGUUGAUGGAUUUGUUCAGUUUGGUUAUGAUGGAGAAGACUUCAUAACAUUUGACCUGAAGACACUGACAUGGAUCGCUCAAAAACCAGAAGCUGUCAUCAUCACACACAAGCGUAACAAAGAUAGACCUGAAAAUGAAAGGUGGAAAUCCUUAUUCACCCAGCAUUACCCUGAGUUAUUGAAGAGGUAUUUGGUCCUUGGGAGGAGCUCUCUGAUGAGAACAGACCUUCCCUCACUGUCUCUCCUCCAGAAGACUCUCUCCUCUCCAGUCAGUUGCUUCGCUACAGGUUUCUACCCUAACAGAGUCAUGAUGUUCUGGAGGAAAGAUGGAGAGGAGCUUCAUGAGGACGUGGAUCUUGGAGAGAUCCUCCCCAACCAUGAUGGAUCCUUCCAGAUGAGUGUUGACCUGAACCUUUCAUCAAUCACACCUGAAGACUGGAGGAGGUACGAAUGUGUGUUUCAUCUCUCUGGUGUGAAGGACGACAUCAUCUCCAAACUGGACAAAGCAGUGAUCAAAACCAACUGUGUUCCUCCCUCAGAGUUCCCUGCUGGUCCUGUUAUUGGAGGUGUUGUAGGACUGAUGCUCCUGGCAGUCUCCAUCACUGGAGUCUUCAUCUGGAGAAGGAGAAAUAAUGGAUUCAGGCCUGCAAACUCUUCAGACCCAUCAUCCACUUAAACUUCUUGAGUCAAAGAUGCAGCUCAAUGAU